GGUUCCAGCUGGGUUUUCAGUCGUCAGACGGCAGCAUCCAACACAAGUCGCACAGUUGCGGAAUCCCACAGAAGCCUCAAUAGAAAUAGCUUCAUCACCUUAACCGAGCAAUCUUAGCUGAUCUUACACGAUGUUCGGCCAUCAACGGAUUAUGCUCUUCAGCAUCUUCUUGGCAUCCCUGCUCGUGGCUUCCUUGGCCCUGGAGGAGUCUUCAGAUAUAGAAGAAGAUGUGAUCAGCAUAGCCAAUCAAACGCAGAAGGUGAUCCGUGUCCAUCCGCAGGAUUUGCCACCCAAAAAGGACAGCACUGGCAGCCAAAUGAAUUCGGCCUUCUUCCAGAUCCAGACCCUAAGGCCAGGCAGUAGUUUCGGAACUGGAUCCUUGCCAGCAGCAGCAGCAGCAUCCGACAGUGGUCAUCGUCAGUAUUUGGACUCGAAACAGAUGCGCAAGCGUCGCCCCCGGCCCGCUGUGAAGGCGGAGGAGCAGAUGGCGGCCGCCAGUGGUGAAGAUGCGACGCAGCGAGCCUUGAAAUACGAACUAAAAGCCUUUCCCAAGCAGAAACUCAAGCAGCAGAAGCAGCUCAACUUGGACGCUAAGGGCGAUGGAGUGCAGGUUCGUCUGUCUCUGGAUGGGAACCAGGCCGAGUCCCGGUCUGUGCCCGUCCAGAUGACGCCGGGCCCCUAUCCCAUAUACUAUGUGCUGUCGAGGACCAACGGUCGGUUUGGCAAGUUCCCCGUCAAGGCCUUCCGCUCGCCGGCCGAGUUCUCCAAGUAUCUGGUGAAGAGCAAGGCGGAGCCCAUUGGCAGGGAUCAGCGCUACGAGUUGGUCGGUGCCCGGUGAUCCUCCACUAAUCUCCCCUAAUCGUAGUCAACGCUAAAACCUAAUCGUAGAAGUAAUUAUAAAUUAUGAAUUAUAAACGCUAAUGGCCGCAAUAAACCUAUGUCUAAAUUUA